UUAACCACAGUUAUUGUAUGCUAUUGACAUGUUGGAAUAUUAAUUAUUGUAGAGGGCUGUAGGGGUAUAAAAUGGGAACUCCUGCCCCACUUAUCCACAUUCAAGCAAGGUGUGCUUCGAGAAAAUAACCUGUUCAAGAUGAAUCCUCAACAAUCUAUCCUCCUGAUGGCUCUCUGUGCCAUCACGCUGUGUUCAGCACACAUCGGAGGUGGACAGGUGGCAUUCCAAGAUGCGAACCCUCAAAUAUACUGCGGCCGCUCGUUGGCCAGAGCUCUAGCCUUCCUGUGUUUUGAAGAAUCUGGCUCAGAGAGUAAGCGGUCGGAUUCUGGAUCGAUGUAUAAUGCUAUUCUAUCGCCCUACUACAAGGAACAAGAAGGCCAGUACGGCUGGCCCUGGAUGGCCCCUCACAAAGCUAGGGGCAUGUCCUUGCCCUCAAGAGGAAAGAGGUUCGUCGUCAACGAGUGCUGUGACAAGGCAUGCAGCCUCAGUGAACUACUCUCAUACUGCUAGAUAACUUUGUUACACUGUGUUGCUAGCUAAAUAUUUGAAUUUGACAUUUUGUAACGUCUAUUUUUGAGUUUCUGAGUGUUAGUAAUCAGAGUAGUUGAUGUACUUAGUAUUUUUUAAUUUUAAACGUUAGUUCUGCAAAAAUAGAAAUAUGGAUAUUUAAAUUCAAGUAAGAGGUUCUGUUUUCUAAACAUUAAUACCUCUUUUCAUUUUAUCGUUUUAAAUAAUAAAUGUCCCACGCUGGCAACACAGCGAUAGCACUAUUUUUCUAUAUUAUUAUUUCAUCUCGAUGGAUGAUCAUAAAUCAUUAUAAAACGGGUAAUCCCCAGAUAGUAGAUCGUUGCUCAGACAGUCGUUUAUGUGGACUUUUUACUUUUUUAGUAGAUAAAUGUUAUUUAUGAGUGAAAAUAUUUUAUGUAGCUAAUAAUAAAUCUAUUGUUGUUGCAA